UUCCUAUUUAUUACACGCAUUUGAUAUUAUUUAUGUCUGAAAAUCUGAGUGUCUGAGACCUGAAUGAGUAGUCUGACACACUAACGACAAGUUAGAUCGAUAUACCGACGCUCGUAGACCCGACGGAGCAUUCCAUCGCACAGCUUAGCAAGGGGCUUUUAACAAACAAUAUAUAUUAUUAUACUUACCUAUUAUAGUAUUAUAUUAGUCGGUCGCUCGUAGGGGUGUCUGUAGAUCCACAGUCGAAAACUAACCAUGCAAAAUUCACCAGCAAAGAAGAAAAAAAACAAAAAAGGUCACAAGAAGAAAAACGUCAAAGAAGAAAAAGAUGCAUUGCAGGAAGUGGAUCGGACCAUGUACAAUAUACAAAUAGCUGAUCUCACUGAAAAGCUCGCCAGAGUAACCAAUAGGUGUGCAGAGUUGGAGAGAAAUAACGAUUUGGAAAGAGAAAAGGCCAAUUCGUUAAAAGAGGGUCAAUGUGACAUUAUUGCAUAUUUAUCGAAACAAGUUGAAAUGAAAAACAACGAGAUCUUUGAUUUGGAAAACACUGUUUCAACAUUAAAAACUACUAUUGAACACCAAAAAAUAAACUAUGAAGAUAUUAUAAUGAAGAAGAAUGGACAAUUUGAAACCGUUUUUGGACAAUUGAAAGCAGAAAUUGGAUUGUUAAACAGCAAAGUAAAUUCACUAAAUGAGUUUAAAAAACAAAGAUCUCAAUUAACUGAUAAGUUUUUGAAACAAGAGGAAGAAUUAUCAAAACUGAAGGGAGAAAACGAUAAUUUACUUUAUGAAACUGAAAAAAAACUUAUCAUAGCCAAAGAACAUAUGAAACGUCAAAAUGAAGCUAAGCUUUUGCAACUAUCUACAACGAUUCAGAAUAACCUACAUAAGUUAAUGUCUUCAACUUUUCAAAGAACUUUACAAGAAAAUGUUAUUAUUAAGACGGAAUUGAAUAAAUGUUCGGAUAGUUGGUUCAAAAUGGAUAAAAAAUAUACGUUGCUGAAGUCAGACAAUUUAGAUUUAAAAAUCGAGAACAAAAUGUAUACGAAAGAAAAUAGCCGUCUGAAUAAAAUAAUCAUAGCCCAAAAACAGAUCAUGGACGCGGUGAAAGCUAAAAAAUUAGGUCUCAGCUUACAAGUACAAGAUUUAUCAACGAAAAAUGAGAGGAACCAGCGUAUUGCGUAUAGAGCCAGUAGAAUGAACACAAUGAUGGCACAGCUGAAACAGACGUUAAGAAGAAAAAACCGAAAGUUACGGAUUUUGACAAACAAUUUAGCAGCGAUGAAAAACGAAAUAGAAACGUUGUGUUUGCACAUAUACAAAAUGGAUUCGAUGCUGGUGACGACGACAACGUCAAUGGAACACGUUUUGAAAUUGAACGAAGUUGACCAAUCCUUGAGCAAGUACAAGGGUAAUGUUUACUACACGUUUGUAGCGAAUUUGUACAAGCUAUUCAUUGCUACCAAGUUGAGGAAAGUAGAAAUCAGAGGAUUUGAUUCUAUUAAAGGUGUGAAAGUUACACUCUUGAACAUUAAAAAAAAACAAAGAUUGACGCGUUCAGUUUUCAAAUUUCAGAGGAACAAACUAAAAAUGAAAUGUUCAAAACUACAAAAAUAAAUAACCUAGAACAUGUUAAAUGUUGUAGGUAAUUGUACUAACCAGAAUGGUCAGUAGUACUCAGUGCAUUGUUGAUAGCGAAUGGCAAUUAAAUAGAUUCAUACCAAUUCUCACAAUAAACUUUGUCUUAUAUAGGUGCAAUGAAUUAAUUAACUUAGAUAAUCUUAAAACUUAA